CAAAGCACCGAUGUUCAUAUGGUUAGUGAUAGUGAUGGAGAUGACUUUGAAGAUGCUUCCGAAUUUGGGGUGGAUGAUGGAGAAGUAUUCGGCAUGACAUCAUCUGCCCUGAGAAAAUCUCCAAUGAUGCCAGAAAACGCAGAAAAUGAAGGAGAUGCCUUAUUACAAUUUACAGCAGAGUUUUCUUCAAGAUAUGGUGACUGCCAUCCUGUAUUUUUUAUUGGCUCAUUAGAAGCUGCUUUUCAAGAGGCCUUCUAUGUGAAAGCCCGAGAUAGAAAGCUUCUUGCUAUCUACCUCCACCAUGAUGAAAGUGUAUUAACCAACGUGUUCUGCUCACAAAUGCUUUGUGCUGAAUCUAUUGUCUCUUAUCUGAGUCAAAAUUUUAUAACCUGGGCUUGGGAUCUGACAAAGGACGCCAACAGAGCAAGUCUAAACCUGAAAAGAAAGAUGAUUCUUCCCUUAAAUGUGAAGCAAAAGAAUGUUGAAGCAAUUUUUUCAUCUAAUACUCAUUUCUUUAAGCAAAUGAAUGAUUUUCCAUUUUAUAAUAACUUCACUAAUGUGAAAUUUGGCAAUCUCCAUGUGUUGCUAGGUAACACAACAGUGGAUGAGUUAAUGAUGAGACUCAUGGCUGCAAUGGAGAUCUUCACGGCCCAACAACAGGAAGAUAUAAAGGAUGAGGAUGAACGUGAAGCCAGAGAAAAUGUGAAGAGAGAGCAAGAUGAGGCCUAUCGCCUUUCACUUGAGGCUGACAGAGCAAAGAGGGAAGCUCAUGAGAGAGAGAUGGCAGAACAGUUUCGUUUGGAGCAGAUUCGCAAAGAACAAGAAGAGGAACGUGAGUGCUCGCAUCCCUCUUGGAUAUUGUUUCAUCCCAAGAAUACAGAGACUGUAUUUUCUGCCCUUUCCCAGUCUUCAUUUUCCCCACCAAAAAACACUGAAAACCAAAAGAUACCAAAAGCAGAAAUGCUUGGCCCAAGUUUACAUAGUCACAAAAUGAAGGUAACCCAGCUGGACCCAAAUAAAUCACUAUUGGAGGUAAAGUUGUUCCCUCAAGAAACCCUUUUCCUUGAAGCAAAAGAGUAAACAUGGCCCAGCAGUGGAACCAGCCUUCCUUGACAAGCCAGAGGCCUGCAUCAAGAGAAGGGCUCCUCGCCAACCCACCUACACGCUCGUCUCACUCAACUCAAUGUCACACUUCUGCCUCUUGCAAGAUUGCUGGAAAAAAGUAAUAAUAAACAUAGCUACUUAAAAUUUCCCAUCCACGAGUAUAUGUUCCCAAUCCUCAUAGAAAAUUACAACUCUGCAGCCCUCCCUUAUCCCCUUCACCUCACCCUUAUUCAAUGACUAAUGCACUGUUCAAGUGUGAGUGACCACGAAGUAGAAUUUUUACCUCUCCAGUGCCCACCGUUUCCCCACACUGUCUAGGACAGUUCUGUCUGCCCUGGGACACCAGGAUGCCAUGUAUUUGAUACGUCUCAUUGAGCCAGGGCUCAUACACCUCUGCCUUUUUAUUUUCACAACUGGAUUUCUACUUUGUCACCUAAUUUUAAAAGGCAUGGGGAAAAAAGUCAAAUGGGACUUCUCAGCAUGGAGAUUAAACAUUGUUGUAGGAAAAAAAGCAUAUCAUUUUUGUUGGUACUUUCUGACUUAUUUACUAAGAUGUGAGGUUGUGUUUGAGGACUGCAUUUGACAUAUAUGCAAGAUACUUAUUUUAAACUGCAGCUGCCUUGGGUCUCCAGGUUCCAUCUAGGAGGUAUCUGCUCUUCCAGUGCAGCGUGGAAAACUGUUGAAGCACAUUAUGUGAAUGUUGAGAUAGUGUGAAGAGGACCAGUACCAGGACUUUGGUAUCUGGCCCAGAUGCAAGAAGCUGCUGUUUGCAUUUGGGCAGUUUGCAUUUGGGCAGUUCGAACCUCAUAGAUACCAGCUCCCACAGAGCUGGUCCAUCAGUGUACACCGAACACAGUUCUCUCCUGCUUUUCUCUCCCUCUGCUCCAUCAUGUGUUGGAACCUUGUUACUUGGUAUUUUAAGCACCUUGUCUAUCACCAAAAUCUGAUCAGUCACCCCAUGGACUCCGAGCCCCGCUAUAAAACCUUGCUCCACUAUUUCAUUCUUUUAACGUUUCAGUAUUAGAUAUUAGAUUUGCAUUUCAAAUGAAAGAUCUCAUGGCUGAAAAUUCUGAUCUCAUAUAUUUAAGAGAGCAAACUUGGGGGCUCAGCUCAGAAGACAUGUGUUGCCUGAACCUACAUAUAAUAAUUUGGGAAUGAUUUAGUAAAUAUAGAUUUUUGUUAAUCUGUGGAUUUGGGGUUUGAAGUUUAGUUCAUGGAAGCACUGUUGAUGCCUUCACAGCCAAUGAUUUCUUUUUAGUCUUGGAAUGUUUCUCCAUAUCUGUUUUUAUGUCACCUGUGGUCUCUAUCCCAGGGUUUGGGAUUCUCAUUUUGACAUUUUGUAUUUGUCCAAAGUACAGUCUAAGUGCUGGGUUUUUCCCCUGGCCCAAUUCAAGGGGUUCUCAGAAGACUCUAACCGAAGCCUAAGAUAUGGCUGGUCCUUUUCCCUCUGCCUGGAAGUGGAUAUUGGCCAGGAAAAUUCCUCCUGUGUCUUUUCUCUGGUGCUCCGACCAGGGACCUCCCUGAACACUCUCUCGUAAGAGAUGUGUUCCUAAAAGAUAGUGCUACAUCUGCUUAGAGUCAGGCCUUCUCUGCUCCAGAGGUCUCCCAGGCAGGCUGAAAGGAAAAGAGACCCACUAUGGGGGGAAUUCAGCUCUACUCCUACCUUCCUUUUUUUUUUUUUUUUUUGUCCACACCUACCUUCCUAACCUGGUGGACCCAAAGACAGUCAUUUCCAAUGCUACAGAUGCACUAGGGCACCAAUUCUUCUUUUUCCAGGUAUACCUUAGCUGCCAUGCAGAAGCUAUAGCCCUUAACCCAGGCCAUACUCAGGAACAGCAGCAAGAGUGUGGGUGGGAGUUGGAGAGACAGGACUCUGAAUUUACUUUCAUGGUUAACCUGUUCCAUCUGAUUUGGGUUUGGUUUCAUCAUAUUGUUCUGCCCUGUCAGCUUCACUUCUGUAUUCUAGUGAUAGAGACUUUACUCUGAAACUGAUUUCAUAAAAGUUAUUAAAUGCUUCUUGAACGUG